CCCGGAGAUUAUCGUUGGCGGGGUUCAAGAUACGGCUCUGGGGAUCGGUAUCUCUUCCUACUAUCUAAAAGACUCGGGGCCCUGGAAUAAAACCCCAUGUAAACCCUACACAGCAUUCCUUUCUGCAAUAUCAUAUCUAACACAAUGAACACAUCAACAAUCCCCCUCAUAAUCCACGGAAAAGACAUCCUCCAACCCACCCAUGAACGCAAAUACCCCAUCUCAUUGACAACACCACAACCCUCUCCGGGAUUCUUCCAAGGCGCAACCCCAGACCUAGCAAUCCAAGCCAUCGAAUCCAGCGCAAGUGUCUUCCCCGCAUGGUCAAGGACAGAUCCCUCCCACCGAAGACAACUUCUACUCAAUCUAGCUAGGCUCCUCCGCACCCAAACCCCCCACAUCCAAACCCUUAUCGAAUCCGAAAUCCACUGCUCGCAUCAAUGGACCGAGGAAAACAUCUCCGUGUCGAUCAACAUGAUCGAAGAAACCGCCUCCCUGAUCACAGAUACAUUAACGGGAAUAAUCCCCCCAUCUAAGGGACCUAGCUUCGCACUUGUCCUCAAGAAACCACUCGGUGUGGUACUGGGUAUUGCGCCGUGGAAUGCACCGCUUAUAUUAGGGUUCAGAGCCAUAGUAGCUGCUGUAGCGGGGGGAAAUUGUGUGGUUUUCAAGGGAUCGGAACUAAGUCCCCGCACGCAUCAUUUCAUCGCAGGAUUAUUCCGCGAGGCGGGGUUCCCACCAGGAGUGGUUAACUUCGUGUUGCAUCGGCCGGAAGAUGCAGCGGAGGUGUAUGAGGUUAUGAUUGAGCAUCCGGCAGUCAGGAAAUGUAAUUUCACUGGGUCGACUGGGGUAGGGAGGGUUAUUGCGGCCAAGGCAGUGAGGGCGUUGAAGCCCGUGUUGUUGGAGUUGGGAGGGAAGAAUUCCGUGGUGGUUUUGGAGGAUGCAGACUUGGGACAGGCGGCGGAGGAGAUUGUGAAGGCGGGAUUUUUGAAUAAUGGUCAAAUUUGCAUGUCCACGGAUCUGGUAUAUGUUUUUCGGUCGGUGGCGGGGGAGUUGAUCGGGAGGAUAUUGGAAAGGUUGUAUGCUGAGGAGAGACCGCAUAGGGUUAUUUCGAGGGCGAGUCGGGAUCGGUUGAUGGGGUUGGUGGAUGAUGCGAGGGACAAAGGGGCGGUUAUUCAUCAGGCGGGGAAUCCAUUUGCUGAGGAUCCGCUGGGUUUCCCGGCGACAGUGAUUGAGGGUGUGACGGAGAGUAUGGAGUUCUAUACAGUCGAGUCGUUUGGUCCGGUGUUUGGGAUUGUGGUGGUUGAGUCGGAACAGCAGGGUCUGGAGAUGGUCAAGCGGUCCGCAUAUGGUUUGUCGUCGGCGGUGUUUACGCGGGAUCAUUUCAAGGCGUUGGAAAUGUCCGGGGAGCUUGCAGCGGGAGCUGUCCAUGUUAAUGCGGGGACGGUGCAUGAUGAAGCGACGCUGCCUCAUGGUGGACUGGGGGAUAGUGGAUGGGGACGGUUCGGAGGGAGAUGGGGCUUGGAGGAGUUUUUGCAGACCCGGACGGUGGUUUUGAAUAAGUGUCGGGCUUCUUUGUAA